UUGAUUUUUUUGUUGUUGCCCAUGUGGUCUUAUAUUAUUAACGUAAUUCUGUCUGUAAAUAAUUCCCAGUCACGUCCUGCGUUUCAAAUUGCGACAGAAUAUUUUGUUAAUCAGGAAAACUGUUUCUAUUUAAUUCUAUUGCACGCAAAUCUAGCCCUAUGUAUAGGGUUAACUGGAAUGGUAGCAACAGGAACGAUGCUAAUAGUGUAUUUAAAACAUAUAUGUGGAAUGUUUAGUAUUGCCAGUUUCCGUAUUGAGAAGGCCAUGGCAAUUAUGCAACAAAAUGUUAACCGUGAAAAGAUGACUAUAAUUUAUAAGGGAAUAAUCUGUGCAGUGGACAUUCAUCGCAAAGCUACAGAGUAUUCCAAAGUUUUAAUAAAGAGUUUUGAGGGAUCGUUCUUCUUCUUAAUAGCGGCUGGUAUGGUCUGCUUAAGUAGUACUCUUUUUCAAAUCGCAUUGUAUAAUGAUAGUAUAGAUCAACUUGUAAUACCGUUUAUAUAUCUAAGCAUUCUCUAUACAUAUUUGUUUUUAUCCAACUAUACCGCACAAGAAGUUACAGAUCACAAUGAAUAUGUAUUUACUACAGUGUACAAUGUUCAUUGGUAUGUGGCUCCGUUACAUAUACAGAAAAUGAUGUUGUUUCUAUUACAAAAAGGUACUAAGGCUUUUCAUUUAAUCCUCGGUGGAAUAUUUAUUGCGUCUAUGGAAAGUGCCGCUACGUUGGCGGGUUCAUCAAUAUCCUACUUUACAGUUCUCUAUUCUACAUGGCAGAAUUAAGAGUAAAAUAAUAACUAAAAACUUGGGAAAUAAUCAUUUUUAUGUAAAGAUAAAAACGGGGAAAAGAAAGUGGCGUUAAAUGAAGAGAGAAUAAAGAUAAAAAAAGAAAAAGAUUAAUUUAAAUGAUGAAAAGAUGUUUGGUCCUCACAUUUCAAAUGCUCCUGUAAGUAUCAUUACAAUAAAAAAAAAGUUAUUACUUUCGUAAAAAAAAACACAUUAGACAUAUUCUAAUUAGUAAAA